GGGACAGAAGGGAGGCAGGACGGACACGAGCCGCGCCCGAUGAAGGAAUCAGGAAUCACAUGGCUAAUGUCUGCGGUGAAACAGGGUGCUUUGGGGGAAGUGGGUGGGGCGGGGAUACAAGAGGGGAAAAAAGAAGCUGUUAGAAGAUGGGCAGAUGGGCCAAACCAAUGAGUCCUGUCUCUGUCGUUUGGUGCCUGGUUGGAUGCGCACAGACGCACGCAUCCAACCCUUUUUAGCUCCCAACAAAGCUAGCAGCAGCGAAGCCGAGGAGACGCUAGCGGUCCGCCAGAAACAAAAGUGCCCGACAAUUCCUCCUCUGCUAAUCACAUGGAGGGCAGGCGUCCAGCGUCGGCGUGUGACGGUCCACCAGCGUCGUUUGUGGCUUCAGAAAGAAUGCAGGCUGCCUGCGGCCAUCUGCAGACUGCAUGCCGCAGCUCCCUGCUGCAUGCUAGGCAUUACGAUGGUGUGUGUGAGUGCGCGAGUGUGUGGGUGUGUGGGUGGGUGGCAGUCUGGGAGGGGCGCUGCCUGCCGCUCUGGCUGCAGGCUCGGUAUCCCGUCCACUGUCGAGCUGCCCACGAGUGCUGCGGACAUGGAUCCGGCACAAACAAAAAUGGAGGACGGAGAGUUGUUGCACCUCGGCGUCCCGUUCUCUGCGUCAGGUCUCUUUGCUCGAUAAGGUUCUGUAUUCCUAGUCCUGUCGAGAGUCGCCAAUUAAUCGCUCCCCACCCGGCGCUUCCGCCAUGUCUUGGAGGAGGGGAUCGGUUCAAUCUUUUCACACACCGAACCUGCCACCACCGUUAUAAUUACCGCUAUGCGGCCAGCUCCUCCAGCCUGUCUCCCAUCCCCUUUCCCUGUUGCUCUCCCUCCUCCAUACACAACCCACACACACUCACUCACUCUCUCGCCGCCUCAUCCACAUCUUCUAUUCCCCCGUCGCUCAUUUGCGAACCGCAGAAACAACACAUCGCCAUCUGUCUGGGAAUCUUCUCGUUCAGUGCCUGAGUGGUUCAGCAAAUCGCCUGCCGUCGUCAUAAAGAGCGGGGAUUACCUUGUCACCUUCCCAAGCUCCAAUCCCAGCCCUCAGCGUCAAUUGCGCAACCCCCUCCUAAUUGAUCCCUACCAGUGCACCCAUCUGUCACCUCCUGCCUCCAACCUCCCUACUUCGGCAGGUACCUUUAGUGCAUCCGACGCCCGAACGCCAAACACAAAACGCCACACGUCUUGCAUUUCGAGGAUAGACGACAUCAACUAUAUCAUUUCAGGGGUUGUCUGCGCACCGAAUAGUCGCCGGAACAGCGAGUACGCUUGCGACGGAGAUAAUAAAGACCGGUGCCAAAAGACCGAGUCUCGACUAGCGGCGGGGCCCCUCUCGGUUAGGUCGCCCAACUUGUGGUAAGGGGGUCUAGGCUCAAAGCUCGACGCAAGGGGGCUUCGAUUGGCCCGUUUUUACAGCGCGAUAAACGGCACCAAACUGGAUCGCGCUGGCGCAAGCCACCCUUGUUCUCUGCUUCUUCUUUCUUCUUUUUGUCGAGGACCAGCUUGCAGUUGAUCUGCAUCCGAGUCGGGGUUUUUUUUUUGCCUGCGCUCACCCGUCCAGCAGUAUCCGCCUGCCUUGCCUUACCCGGCCUUACGGAGUCUUUCUGCUCUGUCCGCUUAACCACAGACGCGCUGGGUCGAGAACCCCUGUGCAGCUCUCACCUCGGCCCAUUCCCCCACGCACGACUGUCUGACUCGGGCCGCAUCCCGUCGUGGGUACCGUACCUCCAUACCUCCCGUUCAUCCCGAGGCCUUUCCUGCCACCAGCUCGCCAUUCUAUGGCUUCGGAUCGUCACAAGCAUCGCGGCAUCGUAGCAGGACGGUAGAUGUACAACGCAACCAUGGCAUCCCUUGCCAGCCCCGAGGCCGCCGUAGCGUCCCAGAAACCGGUGAAGAGGAUGCGAACAAGCAAGCCCAAGACCAAGACGGGCUGCAGAAACUGCAAACAGAGGAGGAUCAAGUGCGACGAGCAGCGGCCCGCAUGCACGCAAUGCGUCCGCUCGCGCAAGCAAUGCACCGGGUACCCGCCCCCUGCCCACAGCUCACGCCCGUUCGAGGAGAUCCGGAUCGCGCCCAAGCCAUCUCCCCCCGCAGAGGCCACCAUCACCCCGAUCCGGAAGCCCGUCUGCCUUCCGCCCCGCCGUCCGAGGCCACCAAAGCACCCCACCCCUCCGCACACUCCUGUUGUGGCCCAGCUGCCCCUCCCGAUGGGCCCGACGCUGGGGCUGACCUUCGAUCUGGAAGAGGGCCAGUACUUCCAGCUCUUCCGCACCAGCACCGCCAGCGAGCUGUCGGGAUUUUUCGACAACGUCUUCUGGACCAGUACCGUCUUGCGCGAGUGCCACACGGAGGAGGCCGUCAAGCACGCCGUCGUGGCCCUCGGGGCCCUGUACAAGACGCUCGAGAAGACGGUCGAGUCCCCUCCAACGUCGCCCCCGGACGACGCCUAUGCCGUUGCGUCUCCUGUGGACGCCAUCUAUGGCCACUGGAGGGUCGCUAUACAGCAAUACUCCAAGGCAAUCACGGCCCUUGUGAGAAGCACCUCGCAGGACCAGAAGUCGAACCGCACGCGCCUCAUGGCGAGCGUCCUGCUUACCUGCUUCGACUCCUUCAUUGGCGAUCACAAGCAAGCCAUCAGGCAGAUCCAGAACGGCCUGGGCCUGCUGGAGAAGCUUCGGGCCGAGCGCAGGAGGUCCUUCAUGCCCAAGCCCGAGGAACCGGUCGAGGACGAGCUUAUCCAGAUGUUUACCCGCUUGGCCAUCCAGGCCAAGUCGUAUGACAUGGCCUUUCACUUCCCCGAGCCCUACGUCAUCCAUCUGGUGGCCAAGCCGGCCGAGGGCGGCUCCCCCGUUGCCGAUACGGGCUCGCCCGUCUCAACGCACCAGGAGCCUAUCCCUGACCGAUUCUCUUCGCUGAUAGAGGCCCGUGUGGCAUGGGACACCCUCUGCGAGCAAUGCUUCCGCGCCAUGGAGACUAUGACUCAGUAUUCAAAUGCUGGCCCGAAUCUACUGCCCGAGUCCAUGAUGGUAUACGGGAGGGCAUUUGCCGCCCGCAUCCAGAGCUGGUCCGACGCGUUCGACCCCAUCCUCUCUUCGCGAAAGGAACCUGGCAUAAACCCCCAGGAGAAGGCUGGUAUCGCGGUCCUCAAGAUGUUCCAGAUCAUGGGCCAGAUCCUCUAUCUCAUGACCUUCAGUGACAGUGAGAUGCAGUUUGAUAGCUUCAAGGGCCACUUUGAAGCCAUCGUGGAUCUCGCCACCGAGGUGGUGGGCGACGAGGAGCAGCGGGCGGCUCAGCGUCGCUGCCCGAACCAGGACGUGUACUGUCGCCACCAGCACCACCAGCUUGCCCGCCUGGGCGUUGCGGGCUACGAGUACGCCGCAAACCACAUCAAACCCAGUUUCAGCGCCGACCUCGGCAUCGUGCCGCCGCUCUACGUCGUCGCGGCCAAGUCGCGCGACCCGAUAAUCCGCCGCCGUGCUAUCCAGCUACUCAGGAGCAGUGCGCGGCGCGAGGGCAUGUGGGACAGCGAGCUCGUCGCCCAAAUCGGCAUCUGGUUGGUCGAGAUUGAAGAGGAGGAUGACGACUAUAUCUAUUACAACAGCCCCGCCGAAACCUUCCUCCAGGACCCCUACUCCCCUGCUGCAAGCUCCGUCGCCAUGUCGGGAGCGACUCAGUCUAUGGCUUCUCCCCCAGCCUCGUCGCCGGUUGGAUCUGCCGAGUUUGCUGACGUGCCCCUCGGCCCCGGUGGUAAUGCGAGGUGGGAUGCCCGCCGCACAAGUUCCUCGACAACAGCGCCCGACUUCUCGGUCGUUAGAAUGCUUAAUUCCCAGAAGAAAGUGGUCCCGGCCGAGAAGCGCGUCUUGGUCAGGUCGGUCGAGUUCGACCUCCGCGAGCACACGGCCGUGCUCAAAUGCGGAACGAGGGGUCUCCACGCCGGCAAGCCUGACAUGAAAUUCAGGGAGAAGCGCCUCGAAUGGUAGGACUCUUUCAGGGGCCUUUGCCCUCUUUUGUUCUUGUUCGUCGACGCGGACAUGUCAACAUCACGCCCGCCAUGUCCAUGUCCAUCUCCUCUUUCUAUUCUUUCUUCAUUUUUCCAAUCCCUUUCGAUAUACCCUGAUUUUGGCUUCCGGUUUUCUUUCCUUGAUUUGUUCCGUUUCUUUUUCCGUUCUAGAUGAAUGGCGUGGGGCGGAGGCACGAUUGGCAGAGCCAAAGUCUUGUGAUGAUGUGAACGCUCCGCUCCUUCCGUUUUACCACUUGCGAUUAUAUGUUUUGUUCUUGUCACUCUCACCUACGAGGAAAAUCGGAGUGAACAGAGGAAUGCCGACGGGUUCGGUCUCUUAUAUGCUGGCUGGUGGCCGCAAAUAUGUUUAUUUUCUCAAACUUUGUCCUCGGAUCUUCUCAUACUCACGCAACUCCAAGGACGAGAAUACUCCGGGGUUCCGGACGGGUCCGGCAGGGGGUCAUUACAUGGGCCGCUCGCUGAUUGCACAUCCCAAGGCGUUUUGGUGUGAAGGAAAAGGAAGAGAAAACUGUAACACAAACAUUUCAUGGCAACUAGGAAGCCCAAAGCAAGCUCGGAUAGUCUGGGCCGAGUGUGGGCAUGAAUAAAAAUAAUGAUGGAGAAGCUCUGAUAUAAACUGCG